GAAAAAUGAAACUUUAGUAAUAAUUUAAUAGAGUCAAUGGAGAUAUUCAGUAAGCCAAUAGUCCCAAGCUUUGCGAUUUGGUCAUACAUACUUCCAUACUAUAGCUUUCCAGAUAAGUGGGAUCCUCUGCUGUACUUGUUGUGAAAGAAGAGUAAUGAUUUAGCCCAGAGUAGUAAGGCUGCUUUUGCUUUCCUUAAAACAUUAAUGUGGAAAGAUAGAGAGAACAUAUUAAAAUUUCUUAAGUUAAAUCAGAUGUUCAAAAUGUUUAGAGAAUAUGAAGAAAAGAACUCUCUUGAUUUUGGUGUGGAAUAUAUUGGAGAACUGCGAAUCAAAGAUCUUAUGAAGUUCUCUUUUCCUGAUUUGAGUUCACUGAAUAUUCCAGUGAUCAAGGAGAGCAUAUUCAAAUCUCUCCAAAACAGCCAGAUUAAGUUCCCAAAAAUAAUUGGACUGAAGUUAACAGGAUGUGAUUUCUAUGUUAAUUUGAAGCCAAGCCCAAGCUUGACUAAAUUUUUCCUUUCGAAAACAGUCUCUUCAGUGAAAUUUAGCAAAAUUUACUGAUACAACAAAUUUAUGGCUAAACUUUGUGAAAUCAAAGUGUCAUUAAGAAAGAUCUGGUUCGAAGGUUGUAAGUUUGACAUGACUAUCCCUGAUCCGACUCAUCCUACUGCUAUCAAAAGUCAAGAGGUGUUAUUCACAAGCUGAUAUUGAGGAGAAGACUUUCUUAUUUAUCUCACUAAUGCCCAAAUUCUUUCUCUCAAGAGCAGGUAUUUUGGUCUGAAAAAUACCAAAUCUGAGUGUAAACAAUCCCAUGGAUAGCCAAGGUUGGCUCAAUUCUUUAUUUUCAGUCUUCACUCUUA